AUGAGGAGCUUGGCCCACCGUCAGCAACAGCGGAAGCAGUGCUCGUUGCCGGCCUUGGACCACCGGGCGACGGCUGUCGUCGUUGUCCUGCCCCUUGGGCCCAGCAGGCGACGCGUCAGAGCAGGCGAGGAGGGAGUCGCCGCGAGUGAGGCUCACCGCAGGCAGAGGAGCGCAUGGAUUCGCCUCGGCAGGAGCAAGCGUGACCGCAGGCACGAGACCUGGAUCAUGGAUGCCCUUAGGGGACUCUACUGCCUCUUCAACGUAAGCAAAGUACAAACGGACGGCUUCGUGUCGAGGCUCCACGUGUUCACGGCGAUUCUGCUGCUGGCGUUCUUCGCGAUGGUCUCGAUGAAGCAGUGCGUCGGCAAUCCCAUCGACUGCGUCCACACGAGGGAUAUCCCGGUGGAGGCGUUCAACGCCUACUGCUGGAUCCACAGUACGUACUUCGUGACGGGUGCUAUGCUGGGGGUCGCGGGGGUGAACGUCGCCUUUCCGGGUGUCGGCUCGACGCUCCUGUACCAGCACAGGCAGAGGGUGUCGGGCCACCAGUCGGGCGAUCGCUCCGGGCCCGACUCCAUCACGAGGCAGGUCAAGUACUACCAGUGGGUGCCCUUCUUGCUCAUAUUUCAGGUGUAA